GUAACUAUUUAAAGACUCUUACAUAGAAGUAAGAUAUACAGUAUAUAUAACUUGAAAAAUUCUUUUAACCCUUACUUUCUUUCGACAAUAUGCAUUUCCUUUCUAUCCUUCACCAAUCUUUAACAAUAACCGCUCUGGGAGCGACAUUGUAUUUAUAUUAUUAUACGGCUUUUUGCGGAUGGAAAUGGAAAGACGCUGAAACAAGAGUAUUGUUCUUAGCCGACCCACAAAUAGAAGGAGAUGCGAAAAUAUUUAGACAAGGAAAAAGAGGCGAAAUUGAUGUCUGGGCCAAUGACAUCUAUCUUCGACAUAUAUACACUUCAUUCGUAUCACCUUAUUCUUUAUUUACCCGUAAACCUACACAUACCAUAGUUCUUGGCGAUUUAUUCUCGAGUCAAUGGAUAGGACAAAGAGAAUUUAACGAACGUGUAAAAAGAUAUAAAUGGAUUUUUGGUGAUACAAGAAAGGAAUAUAAUCACAAAUUUAUUAAUCUAACGGGAAACCAUGACAUAGGUUAUAAUUGGGAUAUUAAUCAAUAUAGAGUAAAUAGGUGGAAGAAUGAAUUUGGGCAAAUGAAUUUUUUGGAUUGGAUUCCUUCAGACAAGAAAAAAGUACAUAGGAUGUCUGUAAUAAACUCCAUGAAUGUGGAUGGACCUGCAUUAGAUGAAAUAUCACGUUCUGAGACAUGGUCAUUAUUAGAUAAUUUAGCAGAAGAGAGAGAGAAAGAUAAUUACCAAACACCAUUAAUUUUCCUUACACAUAUACCAAUAUAUAAAGAGGAGGGAAUUUGUGUAGAUGGACCAAUGACAAUUUAUGAUGAUACUGGCAAUUUUAUAAGAGAACAAAAUCAUCUUUUACAAAAUUCAUCAGAAUUUAUUCUUACUAGACUAAGACCUAGAUUUAUUUUUGCAGGACAUGAUCAUGAAGGUUGUGAUGUUACUCACGUAGUAAGAAUGAAAGAAAAUAAUGAAUAUUUAAUAAAUCAUUAUAGAACUCAAGAUUUUGAAAAUGAAAAAAAUCAAAUAAUUUUAAAGAAUGAUUAUACUGAAAAUGGUAAGUUAAAAGAAAACAUUUGGAUUGUAAGAGAAGUUACUGUAAGAUCUGUUAUGGGAGCGUAUAGUGGCAAUGCUGGUUUAUUUGAAAUCAACAGACAGAUAAAUAAAGAUGGUUCAGAAGAAUUCGAAUACAAUUAUUCAUCAUGUCCUUUUGUGAUAAAUCAUAUACCAUGGGUUGUAUUUAUAACGGACAUUAUAGUUAUAUUAGGAUGGAUAAUUCGAUAUACAUUAGCAGAUCUUAAUAUAACAUUUCCAAAUCAUCUUAAAAAACUUUUAUUAUCUCGAGAGAAACAGAAAAAGAAAAUUGUUAGAAGAAAUAGUUGUAAUAAUAUUUUGAAUAAUAUAAAAUAAUUUAAAUUAAUUUUUUUUUCUUAUAUAAAUUAAUUUUUGUUUCUUAUCCUUAUAAUAAUGUAAUAUUUGUAAUCAAUUUUUUUUUGAUUAUUGUGUAGAUUGUGUUGAGUGAUUUUGGUUACUAUACGGGAAGCAAUCAAGAACCAGAAAUCUUUAAUAUAUAUAUA